AUGAUUUCUCUUCGUAGAGCCAUGAAUCGAAGCCUGAUUGAGGCAGCAUGGAAUAGGGAUGUUAAUGAACUUCUUAAACGGAUCGAGAACAACCCAUUUAUGAUUCAUGCUCUAGCAUGGGAGGGUAGUGAGACUCCAUUACACGUAGCUUGUUUUGCUGGACAUGUCAACUUUGUAUCGACGAUUAUCAAUCUGAGGCAGGAUUUUUCCAGGGAGCUCAACCAAGAUGGAAAAGACAGAAAAAUUCCUCUUCGUUUGGUUGUGGUCAAAGGUAAAGUUGAAGUUGUGAGAGAGUUACUUUUGGCGAGCUUGGAUUCUGUGGACUGCAUGACUGCGCGAUUUGAGACUUCGCUCCAACUAGCAGUGAAGAACAACCAAUUCGAAGCUUUCCAAGUUUUGAUUCAACAUCUGAAGCAAGUAAACAAGGAAGAUCUUCUGAAUUCUAAGGACAUUCACGACAAUACAGCCUUACACCUUUUCGUCUCUAUGAAGCAAUAUGAGGAGAAGAUUGAGUUGAAUUCCUUAAACUAUAGAGGUUUAACUCCUCUUGAUAUGCUACUAAUGUUCCAAAGUGAAGCUGGUGAUCGGGAAAUUAUGGAGAUUCUUGUCCAAGCGGGAGCUUUAAAUAACCAGCACAGCAGAAGAGGUGAAGAAUCCUCAGAGAGAUUUACCUAUUGGGAUUGGUUUACAUGUUGUGUUUUGUAUAUGCUUGUAUCUGCUGUUGUGAUUGGUUUGGUGCCAUGUUCCCAAUUAGACCCUGAUACCCUAUCGCCUCUACUUUUGCUAGUUAUGGAAUGA